UGUGGGGAAGCCGACAGAGGACAAGUCGCAAGGAGACGUCCGAACUAAAAUCAAACAGAAGGCAAGGGAAUUCAUGAUAAAGUCAAAUAUACUUGCUGAUAGCUUUUCCACAAUGGACAAAGGCAAAGAACUACUGUGCCAAAAUCUAGAUAAGCUUGUCAUAGAUUUUUUUGAUGCUCUUGACAUAUUGUAUCAAAAACAAGCAAAGAUGGAGCAACACAUGCGAGACGGUUAUCUUAGUCUUUCCAGAGCUCGCUACACAAUGGGUGGUACUCGAAAUGUAGGAAUGCUGCAGUUUGCUGAGAAUGGACUCGAAAUGCAAGCACUGAAAGAAGUAGAGAUCUUGGAUUUUGACCAUGAAGACUCAGAUGAGGAGACUAAACAUGGACAGAAGAAUUUGACAGCUAUUGAAAUGACUCUUAUUAAUAGAAGGGUACAAAAAGACAAGUCAGAAGAAAAUGAUGAUAGCAAGUCUUCAGGUGAAACAGUCAGACGGCGUAAUAUUAACAAAGACUAUGGUGGAAGUGAACCUCAAGAACAAACCAAGGGAAUAAAGAGUUCAUCAGAUAGUGUUGAGAGUUCAAUAAGUAAAGACAAAGACAAAAAUAAUGCAAAUGAAGAAAAAGGGUGUAAGAAGGAAGGUCCGAAAGAUCCUAUUCAUUUGUUUGGCUAUCUUGUGUCUCCUCAUCUUCGGCACAGUCAAGCUUGCUUCGAGCAGGCAACUGAAAUCUCUGUCGAAAUUGCAAACUUAAAAAAUAAACUUUCAUGUAUAACAAGGAGUACAAAAGCACUGUAUAGAAGAAAAGCAUGA